AUGUCUGGUCAAGAACUCAAAAUAGCUACUCAGCUAGAUAUCCUCACUUUUCAGACUGCAAGAGUGAAUGACGGGAGUGGUAUUUUUAUAUACUUCGAAAGACUAAAAUGUGGAUUUAAACGUUGAAACUUGUUCAAGAUUCGCUUUCAAUCAUGAAGAUAUGUUUAGUAAGUUCCAAACAUGCAGCUUAAGAUUGUAUCUGGGAAACCAAAGGGCUUCCUAAUUUGUCUAUAUUUUCGAAUAUUUUUUAUAUCUAUAGUAUAUACUAGUCAAGGUUAGCUCUUUGAUUAAUUUUAGUAAUCUUUGAUUACUGAACGUAUUGUUGAACCAACUAUUCCUUCAAAAUCGUAGUUAUACCUACACUUAUACAGUGUCAUUUAAUAAUUUAUUAUAUGUGGCAUGUGUGUAUUAUUAAUUAAUACCAAUGAUUUUGCUGUAGUAAUUAGACAAGUAAUGUACUAACUAAUAAAUUCCAUAUCGUAUCAUACUGUAUGCAUAUUAAUGGUGAUUGAAUUAUUACAAUGAUUACUUCACUUUAGUAGUCUUCGGUGAAUUCGCUAGAGUGGGCGCGCCAUGUUGAAUUGUUUACAAUAGGCAAUUCCAGCUUUCAGUUUAAGCCUGCAGGGGAUGAUGGGAAGUAAGGUAUCAUAUUGCUGAUUAUGCUGAAAGAUUUCAAUAAAAACUACCGAAACAACCGAAAAAUUUCAAUAUUUACAAGUAUAAGCUAUCACUCCGUGUUUACACGGUCAUCAUUUUUAUUUUUUCAGCAUAAUCACCAAUGUGAUACCUUACUUCCCAUCGUCCCCUGCACACAUAAACUAAAAGCUGGAAUUGCCAAUUAUGCGAGCGAAGACACUAGCCAAUCAAAACGCCGAUACAGCAAUUUUAGAUGCGGGAAAAUCGUCCAUCGUGCAUGGAAUACGAUUUCAUUUCACUUACGCUACGUUUAUACUAUACCGGAUAGCUUUCCGUAGCGACGCGAAAGAGCGCAUAUAUAUCCAAUAUGGAACUGAAGAUGUACAACUUUCAGAAGCUGAGCGAAACAGCAUCUCUCCGUUGCAAUAAUUCCUCUGAAAAUAGCGUUCCUAAAAGGCACAGAUAGGAAUAUCUUCACGUCGCAAUAUGGAAAGCGAUCCGGAACAAGUGUAAUAGAAUUAAUAAUAUUUGAAAUUUUCUAGCAUCUAGAAAAAAGAGUCACUCGCGGUCGAGCACCAGAAAGUCACUUUAUCUGUGGGAAUUUCUCUUUGGUCUCCUGGAAGACGAAGAAUGUACUUCAGUAAUAACUUGGACCAACAAACGUGAAGGAAUAUUUGAACUUAAAAACACGGAGGAACUAGCGAAACUAUGGGGUACUGUUAAAAACAGACCGAGAAUGGACAAAAGCAAACUGAUUAGAGCGAUUAGGACGUAUUACGAGAGGGGCAUGUUAAGAAAGGUAACAUAUUUUUUCUUUUAUUAAUUAGCAGGCUUCAUUCCUACAACUUCCCUACCCGAAAUUUCCUAUACCCGAAAUAUAUUUCUCGAUAGUAACAUUCAGAAAUUACUAUUCACGAACAAUUAUCAUCGCCAUGCAAGCACACAAUUAAAUAUCUAGCUAUCAUAAAUAUCCAAAAAUACUUCAGACAUCUUAUAGGCUAGUUCUUUAAUUAACCGUUUCGUAUUUUUAAAUCUUGUUUUCAAUCGUGAUUGCAGUGAAUUACAAUUCACUGUCACCGAGAUAAAAUAGUCUUGGUCGAGCUGGUAUUUUGUUAGUCGCUUGCAGAGGCCCAGUUAUAUAGGGUAAAUUCCGACAGGUGACCGACAUAUUGGCUCGAAAAUGGUCAAGUAUCAAAAACAAAAUAGCGAUUUUGGACACAAUUUCUGUCUAAAUUAUGACAACGACAUGGAAAUGUUUUAAAGCGGCGAAAUUACCUGUUUUGAGAAUAAGACGAGUGGCAUCCACCCUAACAGCGUUUCUAUGCAAAUCAGACUUUACUCAUUGCAUAUAGAAUUAUCAACAUUUUUACAUAAAAUAGUUUUUUACUUGCUAUGAUCAAGUUUCAGACGGACUUUGUGCUUUUUAUCUUACUGCACAAUCGACAGAAGAUUUCCAUUGCGUAUUUGGCCGUGCAACAUGGGCCAUGGCAGAAUCUCUUAGCCUUGACAAAUCGAAACAGGCUGUACUUAUUUAUUUGCAUUCGUAUAAACUUAACAUCUGAAGUAUUUCCGGCGCUUAUGAUGAUUGAAACAGUGUUCAAGGAUCCACUUCAAAGAAGCGUAGGCGAAAGCAAACAGUCAUUUUCCAGAUCAAUCUACAGCUACAAUUCAGCUUGUCAUAGUCAAUUCUAUAUUCCAAGCACCAAAGUCGCGGGUUCGAUUCCCACCUCGGUCAGGCAAACUUGCCCUGAAUGCACACUCAGAAUAACAACCACAAACAUCAUAUUCAUCUGAGUACAUAACACCAACACACAUAAAAAGGAAGAUAGUAUACCAAAUUUUAAUAUUUUUACCUGCUUAGAUACUCUAUGACAAUAGAUACUUUUUAUUUUGGCAAUUCCCAGGGUAUAAUACGAUACAUUUUGCAGUCAAGUAGAUUACCAGCAAGAUAUACAUUAGAUAUACAAGGAGAUUAACAUCACAAGCAUCAUAUUCACCUGAGUACAUUACACCAAACACAGAAAAAAAAUCAAGAAUUUAAAAUUAUAUUCCAAUAGUAAGAUUGCCACAAGCGAUAGUGAAAUAUAGCCUACACUCCCAGUGCCAUAAUUUAUAGGGUGAAAUGUAUUAUAAAUCAUGUAUAUAUAAUGCGCUAUAUCACCGGCAGGUAAUGGGGCGGGUUGUAGGAUGUAACACAAGAACUUUCUGAACGUUAUUAACAAAACGUUGAAUCUGAAGAUGUACUAUAUUCAUUUAGAAAUCAACCGUCUACAAUCUAAUUCACAACUACAAUCUACCAAUAUUAAAAUAUGGAAAAUUUAUAAAUUAGACCCUGUGGCGACGGGGAGGUGUAAGUGAAUUUUUGGCCUGUCAUUAAGGUAAAUUUUGCAGAGCUGGAGGGAGGGGGGGGGGGGCGGGUUGGCGGCUCCGAACAUUAUAUUUUUAUUUUGUUUCGGGCGAACUUACUGUUCAAUUAGUUUAAUUUUUCCUUCAUGUUUUCAUAAAUUCUCUAAAUUUUAGCUAUAAUUAUGAGUUUUUAAUCAGUAUCACUCGAAUAUUUUACUUUUCAUGUUUUUCCAACUACGAAAACAAUUUGGCGACUGGGAUUCAAUAAUUUGACGACUACCAGACGACUGCAGGGAUGUUCUGAGGUGCCCCCCACACACCCCUAAGCGCCGCCCUUGAAUUUAGACCAUUCUUUGUAAAAAAUAUUGCUUGUUAUAAUUAGAAAGAAAAACUUGAACACCAUAUAAAGAGCGAUUAUCACAGAGUUGGAAAAUGACGUUAUCACUGUUUCUAUGGCAACAACGACGAUUCAUAUGGCCGAUAUUUAAUUGCGUUUUUAACGCACUUUACUUGAAAAAACGCCUGGUUACCUCAUUUUUUAUUUCUUAAACUUUUUUGUAGCAUAUUACUGCACUAUCUGACUAAUCUGAGUUUUUUAAAGUUAAUAAACAUGGUUUUCGACAUAAAUAUUUUUGAGCUCUAAAGAAUUCUUUUAAGCUUGGUACAAAAAGAAAACGUGCUCCGUUUUUGUGUUAAAUGUACUGAAAGAAAACGUUCUCCGUUUUUUCAAGUAAAGUACGUUAAAAGCAAAAAUAUCAGCCAUAUUGAAUCGUCAUUGUUGGCAUAGCAACAGUAAUAACGUCAUUGUACGUUGUGACCAAUUUACAACCUUAUGAGUAUUUCUCUAUAUGGUGUACAUUUUUUUAUUUCUGACAAGUAACAUUCCUUCAAAAAGUUUGAUCUGUUUUAUGAUUUUUUUCUCAAUUUUUAAAGAUUCUAGGAGAGCCACUUUAAUGUUAAUGUUUAUCUAUAAAAUAAUACUAAAAGAUGUUUUAGUCGGUACACCAAAGAGAUGCAUGCGUAUCUGAAUUUAUAUUGCUGUAAAUAUACGCCUCAAUUGUAAAACAUUACGAGUGCCCUUAAUUCUAAAGCAUAACGAGUUGCGUCGUCAAUUAGUCUGUACAGGGUGUCCCAAAAAACCCAAAACUAUUGAAAUAAUGUAUUGUUAGAAUUUGAAUGCCUCAGUCGAGCACUCUGCUGAACCCGCAAGUGAAUAAGAGCUUGACAUAAGUAAAUGUUAUGCAUGCAUAAAGAAACAUUUAAAAGAAUGUUUGUAAAAGGAUUUAUGUAAUAAAUACUAAAGUAAAUUCCCAAGAGCAGAAAAUCGCGCGCUUUACAAAGAUAUUUCUUAAUAAGUCAAUAUUUAUAAUAUAUGCACCCUGCAUGUCAAUGUUUUAUGCAUAUUUGCGUUCAGCUUAGCGCUACGGCUAUGGCUACGGCAUUCAAAUUCUGACAAUCCUGUAUAGACUUCAUGUAGUCUACUCCCUUUAAAUUGGAAAAUAUAUUCCCUUAAUUAGUGUGCUUUUCUUUAUUUUUGUUUUAAUUAAUUAAACAGAAAUAACAAAAUAUGCUAGCACAAAUGAUUUAAUGAUAGACCUAUAAUUGUGGCAUAAGUGAAACACAAAUGAUUGAACAGCCAAAUACUCUGAUAUGUACUAUUUAAAACACGAGUAGGGGUGUUUUAUCAGAUCUAAAACGCGAGGGGCAGCCGAGCGUUUUGUACUGUUUAAUAAACGAGCAGGAGUGUUUUAUUAGGUUUAAAGUCACGAGCGCAGAGCGCGAGUGGCUUUAGACCUAAUAAAACACGACCUGCGAGUUUAUUAAACGACUUCAAACACGACUACAAAUUCAAUAGAUAUACUGCCUUAUUCGUAUUCUUCAUAUAAAGAAUACUAAUGAGGACAUGACUACAAUGGAUACUUAUUAAUGAGGACAUGACUACAAUAGAUACUGCCUUAUUAGCAUUCUUUAUAUAAAGAAUACUAAUUACGAGUGUUUUAAUCAUGUUUAAAGCCACUACACGUGACAUAUUAUGGUUGACAUGAUUUGCCAAUAAGCUUAUGAAUUAUUAAUGAGUGUUUGAAAUAUCUGAUAAAACACGACAACGAGUGUUUUGAAUAGCUUAAAAUACGACUACUAAAGAAUACUAAUUAGGAUGAAUAAUUAUAUAAAAAUACUAACAUAGGAUGAACAAUUAUAUAAAAAUACUAAUAUAGGAUGAACAAUUAUAUAAAAAUACUAAUAUAGGAUGAACAAUUACAUAAAAAUACUAAUAAAGGGUGUAUCAUAAAAAACUUAGUCCUCGCUUCAAAUAUAAAUUUCGAAACGAAUAUUAGAGUAAAACGUUCAGGUUUACAUUUGUUUUAAAGCGUAGACAUUCACGGCUCUCUAACGAUGGGUUGUUUUGUAAAUUUAAUCCAGUAGUUCGUGAAUAAUAGUAUUUUAAGUGAUUGCGAUUGGAGAGUCAAAAAUUUGAGAUGCAAUAACAAAUCGGUACUUGAUGAAAAUAACUUAUUUUGUCAACAAAACGUGCAAAUUGAGGCAUUUUGGCAAUAGCUUGUAAAAACUAAGUAAUAAAGGCUUCCGAUACACUAUGUUAAAUUCACUUGCUGACUUCAAAUGCGUUUAUAUUCCCAGCUGAAGCGUGUUUUAGCUUGCCGUCGACUUGCUAAUUUACAUUGCGCCCGAUUCGAUGGCGUUAGUUCGGACGAUGCAUGGACCUGAUGAGAUUGUUUUGAUGAUUUCUGGAAAUAAUUUAGGAUUUUGAAAUAAAUAAAACAACCUAAUCUCUUUUAGAAUGUUUUUAACAAGUUUUUACUAGUUUUUCUGAUGUGGCAACAAGAACAUUAAAGUUUGAACAAGAAAAUUCAAACAUUGUAACCGACUAUGGAAUAUCAUAGUAAAUUUGUAUAAUUAAGCGGCAUCUAAAAAUUAUAGGUUUUACUAGAUUUUCUCCUGUGCAGUUAUUACUUGCACUAAAGACACGGAUGACCAUUUGUUGGAAAGAUAAAUGAGCAGGCCUUAAAAUAAGCUUAAAACCGUUUUAUUAAAUAUAGCUGGCCGAUAGUUAUUAAGUACAAAAGAUGGACUCCGUUUUUUAUGAUACACCCUGUAUAGGAUGAACAAUUAUAUAAAAAUACUAAUAUAGGGUGAACAAUUAUAUAAGGCCACAUGCAUGCGUGUGUUUCAUCAGGUAUAUUUGCCACAAGGUUCAUGAAUUAUUAAUGCAUAUUUUAAAUUAAGCAUAUAUCAGGGCCUCUUAAGCAUAUAUCAGGGCCUCCUCAAAAGGGAAACUUGUCUGGCCCCGAAAAAUUUUGUAUUUUUAAAUGUCGGGGGGCUUUAUUUUUUGCAUUUUCAGACAGAAUAUUUUAUAUGUUUUAUCCACUAGACAAAGAUUUGGUCAUGGGACUUCUUAAUUAACUAAGUUAUUCUUCCCUUUUUGCUUAUAUUGUAGACAGAAGAGACCUUCACUGGGGUAACUAACAUUCACAGUGGAAACUUCGAAUUAUCUCCUGACUAGUUGAUAUGAUGGCUGGGCUUGACUGAACAAAAACGCUUAAAAAUGUUCAAAACCAAAAAUCUGUUUGGCGCACAAGACAAAAUUAGAUACCUUUCUUAAUGCAUGCAUUUGCCAGUUGAGAAACAAAAAUAAUAUUGUCAAUUAAAGUCAUGUUUAAUAAACGAGCAGGAGUAGGUUUUAGACCUAAUAAAACACGACCUGCGAGUUUAUUAAACGACUUCAAACACGACUACAAAUUCAAUAGAUAUACUGCCUUAUUAGUAUUCUUCAUAUAAAGAAUACUAAUGAGGACAUGACUACAAUGGAUACUGUCUUAUUGUAUUCUUUAUAUAAAGAAUACAAAUUAGGAGUGUUUUAUCAGGUUUAAAACCACUGCACGUGACUUAUUAAGGUUGACAUGAUUUGGCAAUAAGCUUAUGAAUUAUUAAUGAGUGUUCGAAAUACAGCUCUAUCAAUGAUGCUUUAAUCCAGGUGAUCUCGUGUUCGUAUUUUAGCCAAUCAGCGCUCAGAAAGGGUUGUCCGAAUAGAAAUCCAUUUUGAUAAAUUCAGUCCAUUAAAUCUUUCGUUAUUCUUUAUGAAACUAGUUGAAAUUUUGUAAUUAUGUUUGGUUAUGAGAACUAUAGCUCUGACAAAAAUAUGGAAUCGAAAUAAAGUAUAUUACAGGAGAUAUUCAGUUGUUUUAAUCAUAAAAUGGAUUUCUAUUUGACAACUAGUGCCAGUACUUUUCCGCGUAUCAAGAUCAUCUGGAUUCAAAGUGAUGCCACAUUCACAGCAAUAUAAGCAAAAACAUCAUUAGACAUUAUUUAGACAUCAUUUUCUCCUUGGCGUGCCAUCUAAACUCUGAUCACUUUAACAUUAUUUUACAGAUAAACCACUUCGGAAAUAAAAUUUUUGAAUGUAGCCAUAACAGCAAGUUAUAUAUAGAGUGUUUGCACUCAUUCCCUAAGGACCAACUCAACAAAAGGCAUGGCGGCCAUGUUGGUGUUCCAGACAAAAGAGUCUAAUUAAAAUUAUUUUGAAUUGGAGCAUCAACAUGGCGGCUGUGACGUCAUGUGCAAACGCUCUAUUAUACUCGUUGGUUCUGAUCGCGUGUUGCGCAACAUACAGAAAAAUGUCCUCUUAAUAGUAAUCAAUUUUGUAUUUUCCAGGUCAAAGGACAUAAAGGUGUAUACCAGUUUCUAUCAAUACCUUACAGGACAAAAGGAUAUGAUCACGAAAUGAUGACCACCGGUACUUUUACCUCGUCACCUUUUCUGGGCUCAUCCGAACGCAGUUUAGUAGACUUUAAUGUGAUAACAUCAGACUGUAGUGACCGACAGCCAUAUUAUCGUGGAACAACCGCGGACGGUCGGGAUAACACGGAAAACAAUCGUGACAUUUCCGUAGACGAUUGUAAACAGACGGAGGAUACCUUCGAUAAAUCAAACGGGUAUUGUUCAAGAGAGAAAAGGUGGUCCGAUUAUUCUUUGUCGAGUGAUGGUAGCACAAAAAGUUUGGACGAACGUCAAGGAGAUUUCAAUACUAAUACUGAUACACGUAAUCAUAUGCCUGAACACAUGGCUUUUGUUUUUAAUGAUGAUGAUAAUGUGUGCAGGUGA